UCACUCACGUACUUCACAUGAUCAGUGGUCAAGGCGAGACCUAUUUCAUGCCAAAUACUGGCUUUCACGGGUAUGUAAAAAGACAACCUGUGUUUCUGUUAUUGACAUGCUGACUAACUUGUUAUUUAGGGAGGCUAAUGCCGGUUAAUGCAUUAUCACACCUGCAGUUUGCUGUCUCAUCUCAGCAGAAACGAAACCGAAACUGAACACGUCUUCGAGGAAACUGCGAUCUGUUUUGCUGGUUGUUACUAUUUUGGCUGUGACAAAUUCAGCAAUUGUUUGACAAGAUGAGCUGUGAUAAAGAAAACAUUGGACUUAUUGAAUGCUUCAGGAAUCGACUACGAAGACUUAUUCUCGUCGAACCGCUUCUGGAUCGUUUACACUUUAUAGAGGAUUGUGACAAAGAAUCGAUUAGAGCCAAGUUAAACAACCAGGGCAACUUACAUGCUGCUGACCAACUCUUAAAUACUAUUUUGAAAGGUCCACAGACAGAGGGUUGGUUUAGGCAACUACUGGACGGUCUAGAAACAGUGGGUUGUAAGCAUGCGGCUAACUAUAUCAACAACAACCCACCUACUCCGUCUAUGGAGGUCGAAAAUGACAACUGCAUCAGAAUGAUACAACUUCUUCAACCGACUCUGGAAAUAAUGAAGACGCGAGAUGUUUGCAUGAGCUGUCACUCAAAGGACAUUUUAACCGACGAGGAUCGUGACAAUAUUCUAGCAGAGACUGACAACCUCGGAUCAAUAGGCGGUGCUCGUUUACUGCUCAGAAGAGUGGUAAGGAAUGAAGCGGGGUGGUUUUCCACAUUUCUCAAAGCUUUGACAGACACAGAGCACUUCCCAUUGGUCGAAGAGCUGCAAGGAAAAGAUCUGGUGGAUGAGGAAGGUGAACGUGACACACCUCAUGCUCUUAAAGAUGACAAGGAACUUGCAAAGGAACACCUUAAAACGAACCUGGCCGUGCCUGCCCAAGUGAAGGCCCCUGCCAGCCUUCUGGACUCAUCCUGUGAUAGUAUAUCAGGCAUCCUCUCAAGCGAGUCCCUUGAUGGCACUUUUGAUAGCACAGUGGACCUUUAUACUGAUGACUUUUCCCAGAAUGAGAGUAGCCAUGCCAGCGAGAGCAUGGAUGGUUCCACAUCAGGCAGUGGCGAUGGGGGGGCGGAGGCGGCUGCAGCGGGAGGCCCAGAGGAGGGGGGCAUUGUUCUGAGGGACUAUCAGAUGGAUGUCGCCGGGCCUGCCCUGGAGGGCAAAAACAUCAUCAUCUGCCUCCCAACAGGAAGUGGGAAAACCAGAGUGGCCGUCUAUAUAACGAAGGAACAUCUGGACAGCAGGAAGAGGGGCAACCAGCCAGGGAAAGUUGUGGUGUUGGUGAAUAAGAUUCCUCUGGUAGAACAGCAUUAUUCCACUGAGUUUGGGAGGUUCCUGCGGCACCAGUUCAAAGUGGAGAGGGUGAGCGGAGACUCGCAGAUGAAAAUCUCUUUCCCCGAGAUCUUCAGAAAGAAUGACAUCAUCAUCUGCACGGCACAAAUCCUGGAAAACUCCCUCGCCAAUGCGAAGAAAGUAGACGAGGACGGGAUCUCGCUGUCAGAGAUCACCCUUAUGGUGAUAGAUGAGUGUCACCACACGCAGAAGGGAGGUGUCUACAACCACAUCAUGAUCCGCUACCUGAGGCAGAAGCACCGCAACGACCUGCUGCGGAAGGAACAGAAGGAUCCCCUGGCCAUCCCUCAGGUCCUGGGGCUCACUGCCUCGCCCGGAGUUGGAGGUGCCAAGACCCAGCAGAAGGCCGAGGAGCACAUACUCCGGAUAUGUGCUAACCUGGAUGCUGUUACUAUAAAGACAAAGAACCUAGAAGAAGAGUCUACGUCCCCUUUCAAAAGGAUUGCAAGUGCUGAUAAAAGGAAAGAGGAUCCCUUUGGAGAUGUUAUCAAGGGGAUCAUGGAGCAGAUCCAGACUCAUGCUGGGCUGAACCCACUCUGUGACUUCGGCACCCAAAACUAUGAGCAGUGGGUGGUCCUGACAGAGCAGAAUGCCGCUAAAGAGGAAAACACAAAAGUGCGAGUGUGCGCCGAACACCUCCGCCAGUACAACGAGGCCCUGCACCAGAGCAACACCAUCCGCAUGUCCGACGCUUACCGCUUCCUCGACAAGUACUACAGCGAGGAGGGGAAGAAGAAGUACGACCCCGAUGAGGAGGAGACCAUUGCAAUCACUGACACUGAAAGAUUUCUCUUCACAUUGUUCAAAGACAAGAGAGAGAACCUGCAGGAUUUGGCCAAGCAGCCCAAGUACGAGAACAACAGCCUGUCCAAACUGCGUGAGAACAUCCUGAAGGAGUUCACCACCCGGGCGGAGGCGCGGGGAAUCAUUUUUACCAAGACGCGGCUCAGCGCCAUCGCCCUCAGCCAGUGGAUCCAGGAGAAUCCAAAGUUUGAGGAAUGUGGAGUCCGGGCCAGCCAUCUGAUCGGAGGAGGAGACCAGAGCCUCGUGAAGCCCAUGACCUCCGCCGAGCAAAAGGAUGUCCUGAAAAAGUUUCGUCAGGGGGAGAUAAAUCUGCUCAUUGCAACCACAGUUGCAGAGGAGGGUCUGGACAUAAAGGAGUGUAAUAUAGUUAUCCGCUACUGCCUGGUCACCAAUGAGAUCGCCAUGAUUCAAGCGCGAGGCAGAGGGAGAGCCGAGGAUAGCAGCUACACUCUGGUGGAGGUGGAGGGAUCAGGAGUGGCUGAGCGCGAGAGCGUUAAUGAGUACCGGGAGAAGAUGAUGGAGAAAGCCAUCAUCAAAGUGGGAGGACUACCCAGGGCAGAGUACAACAAGAAGAUAAAAGUCUUCCAGCUCCAAGCCAUCGUGGAGGAGAAUGUGCGCACCAAGAAGAAGAAGCAGAAGGGGAUGCAGAAGGAAGACCCCUCCAAGGUCAGCUUCAGCUGCAGGAGCUGCAACAGGCCAGUCUGUUCAGGAGAGCACAUCAAAGUCAUCGAAGACAUGCACCAUGUCGUCGUCACUCCUGGAUUCCGUGAUCUGUUCAUAGUGCGAGAAAACACUUCACUUCAAGAGAGGCUGCUGGACUAUGAGGCCAAUGGGGUUAUAGCUUGCAAAGAGUGCGGGAAUAAAUGGGGAUCCCUGAUGUUGUACAAAGGGAUUGAGUGCCCCUGUCUUAACAUCAAGAACGCUGUGGUCACACACAACAGCAAAAACAGGGUCUUCAACAAGUGGAGUGAACUGGCCAUUCGGUUUCCAGCCUUUGACUACGCAGAACAUGCAAUGGACUUUGCGAAGCAUGCAAUGGCUGAAAACUCAGAAGAUGAGGAGGACGAGACGAUGUGAUAGUGACUGCGAGACAAUGUUCUUCAUGGCACGACAUGAGAUUUUAAAUUCCUUGUCCUAUUACUUUGGGGGCCACAUACAAAGGCCAUAUCUGUUUACUUCAUACCACUUAUGCCUACACCUAAAGACAACAAACGCACUCUGAUCUAACUACUGAACACACCUUACUAUGACUUUCAACAGGCUACCCAGGGGAGUGGGAUAGAUAUCUCUUGUGUCUCAAAACACUGGCAACGUCAAUGCAAGUGUAACUAGUUGCAUGCAGUUCAGUGAUGAUAAUUCUUCAUCUUCACCCCUCAUCUCAGUGUUCUAUUAAAAAUGCAGUCCGUGAUUCUGGCAAAAGGUUGUUGAUGUUUGAGCCCAACUGUCAAUCAAAUUACACCUCUCUUCCCUGUGCCCAUAAAGCAAUGUGUUGAUUGGCUGUAAAAGUGUAUGGCUUGGUCCCAGCGCCAGGACUGUGUAUGAACACCAGGUUUUUUUUGGAGUCCACACACAGAGCAGACAGCUAAAGGACCACGAGGAGCCAUUUGCUGAAUUUGACAAAAAAAUCUAUUGGGUUAGGAUCGUUGACUUCAACUGUUAUUACUCUCUGAGAUUCAGACUGAUCUGUCCUUGUUAAUUAUGUUAAUAAUCGAAUGGCACACGUCCUGUCUUCUAGGGUAAUCAACAAAGCUCUUGAUAAUAAAUUGUGAUCUAUCCUUGUGUGAUGUA